UGCAAUUACUCUUCACGGAUUUGAGAGGAAGCUGAUCAGUUAAUAAGAAACCCUGCCAAAAAUUCCAACGCCAUUUCAGCAAAACGUAAAAAUGAAUCAUUCGUAUUAAACAUUGCAACCGAUUUAGAAGAAUGGCUCUAAAGACAGCGGUUACACCACGCGAUCCGAGCAGCAACAAGCGGAACAAAAGGCAGACGGGUUUUUACUUAUAACCCAGUCGGACUACAGCUUCGCUAUUUUAAAUCCGCCAGAGUCCCUUUUCCGCCCUCCAUCUCUCUCGCUUUUUAAAAUUUUUUGUAAUUACAUGUGUACCUUUAAUAUCGUCCUUUCCGCAAAACAGGAGGGACCGAAAUCAGAAAAAAUGCUUGUAGUAAAAUCGGACCUAAAUGCUGUGGGACGCGGCGGAAGUUGAAUCGCUGGCUUCACAGUGCUUGCCAACUCCUGCGUCCAGCAGCUGGUCAGAAAGCGUGAAAAUUAGUCCCGCAGGUUGAAGAAAAAAAAAAAUGGGCAAAACUAAACAGAAGAAUGGACAUAAACCACGGAAGAAGAAAAUGGAAAUUACUUUCAACGAUGCCGAUCGUCAGGAGUACCUAACUGGUUUUCACAAGCGCAAGGUGGAGAGGCGCAAGGCAGCCAUCGAGGAGAUCAAACAAAAACUGAAGGAGGAGCAUAAGAGGAUGAAAGAAGAGAGGUGCAAGGAAUACAUGAAAAUGCUGAAGGAGAGAACAGAGGCUCUUGAGGAGGCAAGUGAAUUAGACCAGCUUGUUACAGCAACAACCGAAUCUGUACAGUAUGACCAUCCUAACCACACAGUGACUGUAACAACUGUUAGUGAUCUUGACCUUACUGGACCAAACUGGUUCACACUGGGAGCCAAUGAGACUGAAAAGGAUAAAGAUGAAGAAGAAGAAGAUGAAGAAGGAAAAGAUAAAGAAGACUGGAAACCAUCCAGUACAGCGCCUAAGAAAGCUGGAGAUCCUCUCCUUUCCAAGAAGAUCUCCUCACUAAUGGCCUCUCUGCACGCCCGCACAAAGAAGAAAAAGAAGGGGAAAACCAACUUGAAAGUGAGGACUGGGAAAUCCGCACCAUCUGACAUGUCCAAAAGUUCACAGAGACACCGGAGUGGUAAGUCGAGCAAAGCCCAGCGCCGCAAGAGAACUGGACGUAAUCGACAACCGUGUGAUUAAAUGUCUAUCCUAAUAUGGAGUUAAACCAGAAUGAAGCCAACUGCCAUAAGCUGGGCCACUAAAUUUUAGAAUUGUGGACAAGCUUGAUUGAAGAAGUGGUUACCGGUGGUCUGACUUAAAUGGCCUUUGGGUUACUUGGGUUUCCUCUGUCUUCAUUGAAGACUAAUAUUAAAUCGACUGUAGAGACUGACGACUGAAAAUGAGCACCCUAAUGCUCUGUUAUGUGAUUCAUAGUGGCAGGCAGAUGUGAGUAAGACCUGGAAUACAAAUGGAUUAUUUGUGCAGAAUUUCUUUUAUGAUGGAAAAACUCCACUGUUUUCUAUAUAUGUCUACUGUAUAUCUUUUUAUUGUAAUAAAGUAUGAGAAGGAAUUUGUACACAUAAGGAA